CGAGUUUUGCAACGAUGAAAAUCUUCAUUGCGUUAGCUGUGUUGUACUUCACAGCUUGCGCUGCUGAAAAAAAAAUUGUGUGCUAUUACACAUCUUGGUCGAAUUAUCGUAAAGGAAAUGGAAAAUUUGAGAUAGAAGACAUCGACCCGAAACUCUGCACCCAUUUAAUUUACUCAUUUGUGGGAUUAAAUGGCAAUAACAUAAAAAUUUUAAAACCUGGUAACAAAAAUGGAUUCCAACGUUUUCAAAAGCUGAAAGCUAGAAAUCCAAGUGUCAAGACAAUGCUUGCAAUUGGUGGAUGGAAUGAAGGUACACCAAAAUACUCACAAAUGGCUAAAACUCACAAGUCCCGGAUAGAGUUCGCGAACAACGCAGUGCAGUUCUUGAAGAAAUACAAGUUCAACGGAUUGGACGUCGAUUGGGAGUAUCCUGUUGCAGGGGACGGUGGUAGUCCUCAAGACUAUGACAAUUUUGUAGAACUUCUGAAGGUCUUGAAGUAUAAAUUCAGCAAGCAUAAGUUGUUGCUGAGUGCUGCUGUAGCCGCAGGAAGAGAUAAAGCUUCCAGGGCUUACAAUAUCCCAGAGAUCAGUAAGUACUUGGACUUAAUAAAUUUGAUGGCGUACGAUUUUCAUGGGUCCUGGGAGCCAAGGACGGGACACAAUGCUCCUUUGCACGUGGGUAGAGGUGAUCAAGACCGCUACUUGAAUUCUGAAGCAGCAGUGAACUUCUGGUUAUCCAAAGGUGCACCAAAAAAGAAACUAAUCCUCGGAGUUCCAACUUACGGGCGCACAUUUACCCUCUCAAACCCCAGAAGCAAUGGACUAGGAGCCGCUACUUCAGGGCCUGGAUCCGCUGGACCCUACACUGGGCAGGAAGGAUACCUGGGAUACCAAGAAAUCUGCGAGAUGCAAAAAAAAGGCGGCUGGAAAAUUUCUUAUAACAAAGAAAGAGAAGCUGUAUCGGCCUACAAAGGCAACCAGUGGGUCGGGUUCGACAAUGUUAAAUCGAUCAAGGCCAAGGCUGAGUUUGUCAAGAAAAUGGGCCUAGGUGGCGCCAUGGUCUGGGCUAUAGACGUUGAUGACUUCAACGGCGUCUGUGGAGAAAAAUAUCCCUUGGUUAAAACUCUUAAUGCUGUUCUGCGUAGUGGUAAAGAAGUGUCCCAGGAAGAACCUGCCGAGGUUGAUAACUCUCAGGAAAAUGAACCUGACCUGGAUGAUUCUCAGAACAAUGAGCCUGAACAACCAGCUUCAGUUUCUAAGGAUGUGUGUACUAAAGUUGGUAAUAUUGCAGACUCUUUUUCCUGUGGGUAUUUUGCUUGUUCUCAUGAUGGUCGUGGAGGAUUUUUAAAAUAUUCUUUUUCUUGUCAACCUGGCCUUUGCUACAAUUAUCAGAAGAAUCAGUGUGAUUACAAAUAA